UUCAGAACCAUCCGAACCAUCUCCACUCUUUUUCGCCUUUUUUCUAGCUCUUCUCGAAAGUUGGGUACCCCCGACCGACUUGUGGUUUCUUGCACCAGAGGAUAACUUUGCGUGUUUACGAGGACCACCUGAGCUGGAAAAAUCUGCUUUCCGCUUUCCUGAAAAUGAGCGAAUGUCUGGGUCGAGCCCGAGUGGGUGGGGAUCUCCCUGCUUCUCCUUGGCUUUCCGUCCCAUUGCGGAUGGAGACGUGACUGAAUUAAAAAGGCCACCGGAAACAAAUCCCAAGGCGCUUAUGUUAAUUCACACCCCAACAUGAGCACGAUUACAUUGGGGCGGACGAUUGUCAGCCUGCGUUUCCGAUCGUCCGUGCUCAAGACCCCAGGCAUACUCAGGCAUACUAUUAUCCCAAGGACCACAAUCAGAACUUAUGUUCUCAACUCCCGGUCGGCCUUUCGCAAUUCAAUUUCGUUUGCUGGUGUCGGUGUGUUUGUUGCAACGACUACCAUAGGCGUUGGGGCAUUUGGUGCCCUAGGAAAGCCAGUUGAAUGUCAGCCACCUGCUGUUCAGCUUGUUCAACCUCAAAGGCCACUUCCGCCUCCACCUGCUUCAGCCGUGGACGUGUACGGAUUGACCUUUGGCACCGUGUGCGGAAUUUGCGCAGGUGUUUUCAUUAAGAAAGGCGCCAAGCUUUUAGCGUUCCUUUUCGGCGGCGUGUUUGUCCUGAUUCAGUACCUCAACUCUCGACGUAUCGUACAAGUGGAUUGGAAACGGGUUAACUUGCUGUUCGAAAAAUCAUUCUCCUCCAAAUCGAUUGAACCAAGUGCCGAGCAAGGCGUUCCAAACAUUUCUGGUCUCUGGAACUGGUUGAUCAAUUUCUUGACGGCCGACUUCCAGCAACGGGCAUCCUUCAUCGGGGGCUUCACACUUGGUCUUCGAAUCGGUUGAAGUCCUUACCAAAAUCCUUAAGGAGCAUAUAUUGUGUAGUAUAAUCCGACACAUACAUAAUCAACUAUUGAGCGCGAAGGCGCAAAGGUUGUCUUUGAUUCGGCC